AUGGCGAACACGGUCGCCCUCGUCGUCGACACGGACGAAAUCGGCGUGCGAUUCCAGAAGCUUAACCUUCCGCCGCGCCCACUGAUCAUGGACAAGUCGAGUCGCCAGUGCCAGCACCAUCAGCACACGUCUUGUUUCUGCUACGAGUACACCACGCUGCUGGACCGGCCGGAAUACACGGGAAAAUACCUGCGCGAAAGUCCCGAGCCCGACUCGGCCGCCGCCGCAAGGACGCCGAAGGUCUCGACGAAUGGCUCAACGCCAAACUCAACGGCCGCUAUCGCGACGAAGAAGUUCAAACUGGGGCAGUACCUCGCGGGAAAGACGACAACGCCGAAGCCAGACCACAGAAGCUCCGAGACGUCGCCGAGUAACGCGACGAACGCGCCUGUCAGAAGCACUCUGCCGCCUCCGCCUCCUUCGUUACCGCCGCCACCUCCUCCGCCUGCUUCUGCUGCUUCGCAUUCCUCGCAUUCGAAGACGGCACAGCGCAGUCCCCCGCCACCGCCUCGUCGGAAUGCAGCUUCCCCACCUCCUCCACCUCCUCCCCCUCGACGCUCAGCCACACCCGCCCUAGUUCUACCGCCAAUACUGAGUCCCACUCUGCCGAAGAUCAUCGAAGAUGCGCUGGCGGCGGAGGAUAACUUGGACGACGAGAUCAUGGCGAAGCCGACUCGCGAUGGGACCCCGUUGUCAGUGAAAGAAGGGCGAGGCAAGGCGUCCCAAUCGAGCAAGAAACCUCCGACGUCAUCAUCAACUCCCUCCGGGCGGUCCCCGCGCUCGGUCGCUUCUCCGGCCAAAACACUUCCCAAGAAGUCGAGCCUUGGCGCCGCCGCCGCCGCCUCCAAGACUACCGGCAAGCGACCAGCAAGUCCGAAUCCUUCAUCUCCGAGAUCUCGGAUAUCCGCAACCUCGUCCAAACAUCCGCCGGCAGCUUCUGCUACUACUGCUACACCUCAGAAGUCGCGGAUAGUCAAGUUCCGGUUCAAACGGCGGUUGAAGGAUUUCCAGAGCUUCUGCAAGAUCUCGCUUAACAAGCGCCCUCGCCCGUCGGCGAGCCUAGAGGAAUCCAAUGGCUUUGCCAAACCGAAGAUGGCGUCGGCAGCGUCGCUCAAUGUGCCGAAGAUCUCGGCCUCGGCCGCUCGCUCACCCGCCUUCAAAUCGCCGGCACUCAAGGCUCCGGUCACGGAGAGAGAUGUUGUGACGCCGCCUCCGAAGAAAGUCAAUGGUACCACCGGGGGAAAGAAGCCGGAGCGAUCUGCAAUCACGCCGGCUUCCAAUCGCGAUGACAGGAACGGUGUGCCAAGGGUCAUCCCGCACAUAAGCCAGCAGUUUAGCCAGGAUUACGAGAAAUUCGCGUCGCUGGGUAAAUCCACGAAGCACGAGGCGGACGCCAUCUUUCGGUCGGGAACGUCGGACACUAGGGAACUUCACCGUGCUUUGGUCAUUGCCGCCGACUCGACGUUGUGCUUCAUCCUUGCAUUCGUGCUCUCGGACCGCGCGCGGGCGCUCGAUGGCGGUAGACCGCCAACUGCGGAUAUGUGGAGGACUUUCAUCCCGUUGUCGAUGUUUGUGUCGGACAAGGCGAAAGCUAGCCACGCGCACACGCUGUAUGGGUUCUGCAAGCAGAUGGAGACGGUGGUCCGCCAGCACGUCUUCGACAUGGACGUGGCGCAAUUCGGCCGCGCCAGUCUCCCGGACGCCACAUCGAAAGCGCCCACGCCGGACUCGAGCAAUUCGGUGAACAACGAGCGCAGCAGAUACCUCGGGCUCAAAUCACGGCUCGUCCAGGACUCUCGGGACCUCCGGGAAUGCUGGAACGAGGGUGUGCGCUACCUCUCGUUCGACGACAUCUCGGGGAAGUUCCCGCAGACGUAUGCCGCCCGCAGUACUAAGUGGGUCGACCCCGAAACGCAGCUGCCGAAAGCCGUCGGAACCUACAAGCAGGCGUUCCAGCUCCCCCUGCAUAGAAACAGCACCCCGCUGGAGACGGUCAACUUUGGUCGCCGAUUCAUCGAGGAGUGGGCGACGGGUAAUCGCGUGCAGUAUCGGAGUAAACUGUAUGAAUGGUUGAACUGA